AUGUUUCCUCUAACGCAAACGCCACGUUCUCUCCAAGUGUCGACCGUCACCCCCGCUUCAGCCCACCGUCACCGACGCUUCCUCUUACCGUCGCCCACGCUUCCUCUUACCGUCGCCCACGCUUCCUCUUACCGUCCCCCACGCUUCCUCCCACCGUGGCCCACGCUUCCUCCCACCGUGGCCCAUGCUUCCUCCCCGUCACCCACGCUUCCCCCCACCGUCGCCAACGCUUUUCCCCACCGUCGCCAACGCUUUUCCCCACCGUCGCCAACUCUAUUCCCCACCGUCGCCAACUCUUUUCCUCACCGUCGCCAACGCUUCUCCCCACUGUCGUACACGCUUCCCCCCACCGUCGCCCACGUUUCCCCCCACUAUCGCCCACGUUUCCUCCCACCGUCGCCCACGUUUCCCCCCACCGUCGCCCACGUUUCCCCCCACCGUCGCCCACGCUUCCCCCCACCGUCGCCCACGCUUCCCCUGCCAUCGCCCUUCGUGUCGCCCGGGAAUCCCCCCUCCCGCCGGCCUCCCUCCCCUCCCGCGAAAACCCCCCCAGUCCUCUCAUUACCCCGGCCUCUCAUCCCCCUGUCCCCUGUCCUCUCAUCCCCUUGUCCUCUCAUCCCCCCGUCCUCUCAUCCCCUCGUCCUCUCAUCCCCCCGUCUUCUCAUCCCCCCGUCCUCUCAUCCCCCCGUCCUUUCAUCCCUCCGUCCUCUCAUCCCCCUGUCCUUUCAUCCCCCUGUCCUCUCAUCCCCCCGUCCUCUCAUCCCUCUGUCCUCUCAUCCCUCUGUCCUCUCAUCCCUCUGUCCUCUCAUCCCUCUGUCCUCUCACCCCCUCGUCCUCUCACCCCCCCGUUCUCUCAUCCCCCCGUCCUCUCACCCCCCUGUCCCCUCAUCCCCCUGUCCUCUCAUCCCCCUGUCCUCUCAUCCCUCUGUCCUCUCAUCCCUCUGUCCUCUCAUCCCCCCGUUCUCUCGUCCCCCUGUCCUCUCAUCCCUCUGUCCUCUCAUCCCCCUGUCCACCCUCCUCUCAUCCCUCCGUCCUCUCAUCCCCCUGUCCACCCUCCUCUCAUCCCUCCGUCCUCUCAUCCCCCUGUCCUCUCGUUCCCCCGUCCUCUCAUCCCCCCAUCCUCUCAUCCCCCUGUCCUCUCAUCCCCCCGUCCUCUCAUCCCUCUGUCCUCUCGUCCCCCCAUCCUCUCAUCCCCUCGUCCUCUCAUCCGCCUGUCCUCUCAUCCCCCCGUCCUCUCAUCCCCCCGUCCUCUCAUCCCCCCGUCCCCCUGACCUCUCGUCCCCCUGUCCUCUCGUCCUCUUGUCCUCACAUGCCCCUGUCCUUUCAUCCUCCCGUCCUCUCAGUUCAUAUUUUCUCUGUCCCCCUUCUCUCUGUUUCCCUUCUCCUUAUCGCCUUUCUCCCUGUCCCUCGUCUUCCUCACCCCCUUCCCCGUAUACCUAUCCCCUACUACCACCAUUGCCUUCCCUGCCCCUCCUCACCCUCCCUCCUAUUUCCCCCCACCCUCUGCCUCCCUUUCCCUCACCAUCUCCCCAUGUGUGGCAACUGUCACCAAGCUCAUCGCCACCACACCUCCUCUCUCAACAGAGGACAAUGCACUGA